AUGGUGUUGUGCAAGAAUUUGGUUCAAGCGGGCUUGAGGCCUGGAUUGGCGGGUGCUCGGUUUCUUGCGUCGGUUCCUAGCGCUGCGGAGACAGGAAAGACGCGUGAUGACGAGUCCAUUAUUUCUCCUCCUAAAAAGAGACGGAGACGGGUGACAGUGUUCACUGACAAACUGAACAAGGGCCCAUCGUUUGAUGAUUUUGUUAGCGGAAAGGCCAAAGAUAUGUUUGUUGAUCCGCUGGAAGUUGCCAGGAAAGACCCGGACGCACGGUUGCCAUCGUGGCUCAAGGUUCCGAUCCCCAAGGGUAAGAGUUUCCACGCUUUAAAGAACGAUGUGAGGGAGCUGAAACUUGCUACUGUUUGUGAGGAGGCCAAAUGUCCGAAUAUUGGCGAGUGCUGGGGAGGAAAGAAGUCCGAGGCCACGGCUACUAUCAUGUUAAUGGGAGAUACGUGCACGAGAGGAUGUCGAUUCUGUUCUGUGAAGACAAACAGGAACCCGGGACCUUUGGAUCCAAACGAGCCAGAAAACACAGCAGAGGCCAUCAGCAGAUGGGGACUUGGGUAUGUGGUUCUAACGACUGUUGACAGAGAUGACUUGCCAGACGGAGGAUCACACCACUUGCGGUCGACCGUGGAGAAAAUUAAGCAAAAGGCACCCCAAAUCCUGGUCGAGUGUCUGUCUGGAGAUUUCCGUGGAGACCUGGAGAUGACCAAGGUGCUUGCUGGGUCGCCGUUAGACGUUUUUGCCCAUAACAUGGAAACUGUGGAGGCGUUGACUCCACAUAUCAGAGAUAGACGUGCCACUUAUAGACAGUCGCUUGCUGUGUUGCGGACUGCCAAGGAGACGAACCCAGAGCUAGUGACCAAGACCUCUUUGAUGCUUGGGUUUGGUGAGUCCGAGGAGCAGUUGUUACAGACUUUGAAAGAUCUUAGGGAGAAUCACGUGGAUGUUGUCACAUUUGGCCAGUACAUGAGACCAACAAAGAGACACAUGAAGGUGGUUGAGUAUGUUACUCCAGAGAAGUUCGAGCACUGGAAAAACGUUGCCUUGGAUAUGGGAUUUUUAUACUGCGCGUCAGGACCGCUGGUGAGGUCCUCCUACAAAGCCGGUGAGGCGUUCAUCGAGAACGUGAUUCGGAAAAGAAGACGGAACGUUGGAGUCGCUAGGGAGAUCGAGGUCGGAGACGACGUGUUUACGUCCAAGGAGGUUGUCAGUAAUAUAUAA